CCACUAGUCAACAAUGGCGGACGAAAACAUUUACUGCGGUAGUUGGAAGAUUACAAAAUGCAUAUCACUCGCGGCGGGCACCGAAGUUACGGAGGUCGAAGGCACUGUUUUCACGUUGGACGAAAGCGGCGACCUGUCGUGGACGAUCCCGGACCGUGCAGUCCAGAUGCCUUUCUUCAGCUGCGAGACUUACGAGGUUUUUCUCGGGAACCCUCAUUACAUACGGUUCUUUGGGACAUUUGCUGGACACAUGAUCGAAUUUCGGGUGGCACAUGCGGAUGAAGAUGGCAUCAACCUCAUCUACGAGGGGUGGUGUGUGCUCCAGUGUGUCAAGGCGACCUACACUGGUAUUUGUUCACUGGCGCGAACACUGGUAUUUGUUCCUUUGCUGCAGCUUGCACAGAAAGAGGUUGGUUGGGACGAGCCCUUUUCCUACCUGCCCGCCCUGGACGAGGGAUACUUCUCCGACACUGUCAUCACUGCCGAGGGCGGAAAAGAGUUUCCCGUUCACCUGACCCUUCUGCGGCUAAGCUGUCCAGCCGUGGAGUGGGCCGCAGGCAAGCCCAGCCCACUGGACGGACUGCCCGAGGACGUUGUCGCAGCCGCCUUGCACUGCAUCUACGCCGACUGCCUCCCGCCAGCGCUGACCGAGGCGACGGCAAGGGCAUGCGUCUCGCUGCUCAGCCCGCCGGCUGCCGUCGGAUUCGAGCGGCUCAUACAUCUCUGCGAGCUGUUCCUCCGCAACAUGGCCGUCAAGCAGCGAGUGAUGUCGCUCAUCAACGACAUGCACCAGUGCGCUGCAACGGUGGCGGAAUGCUUCAGCGCUCCGUCGGGAAAUGGAGGCGAGGGAGAGGGCUCGGAAGGCUCCGCGUCGCCCACGGCAAGCCCCGCACGGCUCUGCUACGUCGUGGGUCAGGCGUUGAGGGAGUGUGCCGUGGCGGCAGCCAAGCUGCUGCUCCUGUGCGGCGUGUUCUCACGGCACAAGCACCUGCUUUCUCGAGAGGAGCGGCAGGACCUCAUCAAGCACUGCGUUUCAAGCAAUGCCAACCUGCUGACCGAGUACACAACCCCCGCCUUCCAGAGAGGGAUAGACGCUCUCGUGCAGAAGCAGGUCAUCCACUACGGCAUUCUGGACAUGCACCUCCAGUGGACCUCCAACGACACGGUCGCCCAGGCGUUGACGAUAUUGAAGCGAGUCAAUGACCACGUUGCCACGACAGCGAGUACCAGGACACGGCAGUCCCUAAUGGCCAUCGGCAUGGCCCUUGACGAAUCCUCUACGAAACGCACCUACAUCGUUGACCUUAUCAAGACGAUCUUCACGCCGCACCUGUUCAUAUCGAUGGCGCACAUCCCGUACGGAGACGCUGACAGGCCCGACUGCAUGAUGCUGCCAUCGUCCGUCCACCAUUACCCGGCAAACGUGACGCCGACAUACGGUCACACCAUGAACGACUCCCUGGCUUUGCUGCAGUACCUGGAAAACGAGCAGGUCUUCACGUCCAUGGCCGUCGGCGUCACUAUGAAGGGCCGCCUAUACAGGCCCCGCUCGGACUACCAUCUCUUCAAGAGCUGUACCGCACCCAACGGCACGCAGGACUUCGAGCCAGCCGAAGUAGCUAGGCCUCUUUAUAUAAUAGCGUUUGCACUAGGCGAGCAAUAA